CCAUUUUUAAUGGCGCAUGUCUGUCAAGAAAAUAAUUUCGAAGUAAUGGAAUAAGUUCAAUGUGCCCUCGCGAAAGUCUUAAAGAUGACUAUAUGUAUAGCCUACUAAUUGACCUGUAUUUAAAAUGAGUGGAAGUUGGAUUGCAGAGGCCAGACUCUGGCCGCAAGUUUGUUUUGAUGCUAAAUGGUUGAAAACAGAUAUACAGACUGCGUUUACCCGAGAGGGGGUUGGUCGAUUAUGGAAAGAAUUGAUAACAGAUGGAGAAGUAGCCGUUAGCAGUAACGACGGAAUAUUCAACAGUGCUGGAGCCCUCGCCAAAAAAGGAGAAAACGGCAAGUAUUAUUGUGGUAUGAAGUCACUGGUGUGCAGUUGUUGUGAUGGCUACUGCAGUGCAACGAACCCUUGUAAUUGUCAGGCCUGUGAGAAACUGGAUGAACAAGACAAGAUAUUGUCCAUGUUGGAGGGACUACAACCAAAGCCGUCUGGCCCACAGAUAGAAUCAUGGACAUGGGGAUUACAACCAGAUAUUCCAAGUUUAAAGAAAUGUUUAUCAUCUUUAUUACAUGAACAUAAACAGCUAUGUAUGUAUACAGCUUCCACUACCCUUUCAUCCACCAGAUUACAUCAACGAUUAGCUGUACUCGAACGUUAUUUUACAGCACUAUGUCGACAAAAUCCACACGAAAAAAGAAGUCAGGUCAAGAAACGGCAAGAAAACAGCACAACAGCUGUCAAAAAACAAAAACUGCAUACAGCAGUGAAACCAGCAGAGAAAGCAACAUUAGGUCUUGCCAGAGUCGGCUCAAGAGCUGCUCUCAGUUUCGCUUUCGCCUUUCUACGGAGAGCAUGGCGCUCUGGGGAGGAUGCUGACCUCUGUAGUGACCUAUUACAAGAAUCAUUGGAAGCAUUGAGAUCUCUUCCAGAAGCCACCAUGUUUGAAGAAGGUUCUGUAUCCAUAGUAUGGCAAGAGGUAGUUGAAAGAGCUACCAAAUUUUUACAUGGUGUUGUUGCUGGAGAUCUUAGUGGUGGUGAUAAUGCAAGGAGUAGUUCUAGUAAAAUACCAGUUCAAGAUCAACAGAUAGCCCUGGCAUUAUUACUAGAAUUAGCUGUACAGAGAGGUUCUCUAAGUCAAAUAUUAUCUACAGUAUUAUUAUUAUUAAAUUUAUGGAAUAACAGUCACCAUGACUACGACAAUCGCAUCAGUAGCAGUUUAAAUAGUGCUCCUUUGAUUCCGCUGUUGAGAAGAUUUGAAAAUAUUCACAAUCCUAAAUUACGUUCUGUUGAAAUGUCAUCGUGGGACGAGAAUGGUAUUUACCAUGCCAGUCCUACAGAGUGUUUCCUGCGUGUUUUAUCUUACCCAGCAGAUGAGAAUACAUCAGUUGAUUUGCGUCAAAGUGCUGUAGUCAUCAUGUCGCAUUUAGAUAGAAUAGCCGCACCUUAUUUUCCUCCUACUAGUCAAAAGUCUCAUAGAAGUGCUGCUCAAGAAGUAAUUGGAUGGGGUAUGUUAGGUUGGAACAGAAAUGGUGAAAUAAAUUGUGCUCACAUCCUUGAUUUUUUUAACGAUACCGGUGGUUUGCAGCAGAUAGCUUGUUCCGAACGAUGUUUAUUAGCUUUAACAAGGACUGGAAGAGUAUUCAAUAUGUAUUAUAGUUCCGAGAACCAGUCUCCGCAGCUCAUGUCUGGGUUUGGAGAUAAAGAAGUGGUAAAGAUCUCAGCACAUCCGGAGGGUAAACAUUACCUAGCGUUAACUAGUGAAGGUGAUGUGUAUUCAUGGGGGAAUGGUGAUGGUGGUAGACUAGGUCAUGGAGAUAACAUAUCACGAGAAGAACCAACAGUAGUAGCUAGUUUAUCUGGUAAACAUAUCAUCAAUAUAAUAUGUGGUAGUACAUACAGUACCGCUAUUACCGCUACAGGUGAAUUAUAUACAUGGGGACGUGGUAACUAUGGACGUCUAGGACAUGGUAGCAGUGAGGAUCAGUCCACCCCUAGUAUCGUCUCAGCUCUCAAAGGACAUCGUAUAAUAGAUGUAGCUUGUGGAAGCGGAGAUGCUCACACUCUAGCUGUAGCAGAAACGGGUGCUGUAUAUUCGUGGGGGGAUGGUGAUUAUGGUAAACUAGGUCGUGGUGGUAGUGAUGGCUGUAAAACACCCAAAUUAAUAGAGAAUUUGAUGGGACAGGAAGUUGUACGAGUAUUCUGUGGGGCUCAGUUUAGUUUAGCACUAACAAAAUCAGGAGCUCUCUAUUCCUGGGGCAAAGGUGAUAAUUAUAGAUUGGGUCAUGGAACAGAAGAUCAUAUUCGUCUUCCAAAACAAAUUGAGUUUUUAGCUGGCAAAAAAAUUGUUGAUGUGUCUGUUGGUUCCAUGCAUUGUGCUGCUGUGACUGAAGAUGGUGAUGUCUUUUGUUGGGGUAAAAAUGAAAAUGGCCAGUUAGGAGAUACCGGUGAUAAUAAUGUAAAUGAACCAACCAUCAUGUCUGGUGUGGAGGGCAAAAAUAUAGUUGGUGCAUCUUGUGGUCCUUCUCAGACGUUUGUAUGGUCAUCUAGUGGACAUUGGUCAGUGAGUUCUAGAAUACCGUUUGUGGUGGAUGUAUCUAAAUCAACUUUUGAACAUUUAAAUGAGUUAUUGAGUGAGGUAUGUGAUGGUAUGGAUAGUAAAGGUGAACGACCUCCACAACAUAAAGAAUGUAUAGCAGUAGCUGGUCUUAAUCUACUUAAUUUACAGCUAAGAGCAUCUGUGAGUCAAAGUGAGACAAGAGAUAGUUUAGGGCUGGGUCCAGGCAGCACAUUGGUUAAUAGUUUAAAACAGAGAGUAGUUUCCCUUGCCAGUAAUUCAGGCGUAUUAGAAACAGUUCAGAGAUCAGCUCAAGCAGCAUUACAGAGUGGUUGGUCAUUAUUAUUACCUACAGCAGAAGAGAGAGCCAGAGCUUUAUCAUCCUUAUUAGCAACAGGAAGUAAAGAUUUAACUGUGAUGAGUUCGGGUCAAAGAUUUAUGACAGAUCUAUUAGUUAGUAGCCUGAUGGCAGAUGGAGGAUUAGAGUCAGCUCUUUCAGCAGCCAUUAAAAAAGAGAUUCAAGAAAUAGAAAAUAAAAAGGAUAAGGAGAGUGAAGAAGAUGAAGAUGAUAAAAUAGGUGGAGCAUCAAAUGGUGAAAAAUCAGAUUCUGACAGUAAUGAUAGAUCUCCUACCAGUGAAAAAUCAGUUGAUACCAGAGCUACCAUUCCAUUAUUACAACUUAUACAACAGUUACUCAGGAAUUCAUCAACACAUUCAUUAUCUAAGUUACAAGAUAUAGCUAGGAGUAAUAAUGGUAAAUCACCAGAUGGAGAACAGAAAGAAACAACUCCAUCACUCGAUCUAUUGUUACAAUUUCAACGGCUUCUCAUCUCAAAAAUAUUUUUAAAAGAAACAAACAGUUUAUCUAAAAUUCUAGAAGCUAAAGAGGAUGAAGAUAAUAUGAGGCCAAGUUCAGAAAUAGGCUUAGAGAUGCAUGGUGCUGCGUCAUUAUUAAGGAAAUAUUGUGGAUUACUAUGUACACAUGUAGGUGAUAUUCUACCUGCUGCAGCCAGUAUUGCUGGUCAUAGUCCAGCUAACUUUACUCUCGUCUCCAAAAUUAUUGUCAAUGAUGUCACAGGUGUUUUAUUACCAGAAAUGAUAACAUGUAUGGUAUUACUACAGUUACGUAGUCCUGAUAUUAUCAUUAUUUCUAAAGCUGUACCAGUAUUAGAAGAAAUAUUAGAUAUAUUAGACAAGUUUAAUCGUUUAGCACCAGGAUUAGAUAAAGAUGAUGUGGAAGAUAUAGCAUGGCCAGGUGUGAAUAAUUGUUCUACAGAAAGAGAUAGAGAAAAGCGAGAAGGUACAGGUAAAAUCCAUCCAAUAGAUAUUGAGAAUGAGAUUAAAGAUGGUGGUCAUUGGGUUAUAAUACAUGGUAAAGUUUAUGAUGUACAGGAUUUUAAAGCUGAAGCCCCAUGUGGUAGAGAAAUAUUAAAUGAAUAUAUAGGUCGUGAUGCUACAGCAGCAUUUGAUUCAUACAGUCAUUCAGAAGAUGCUAUAGAAAGAAUGGAGGAAUAUUAUGUUGGGGAUUAUCAGCCACCAAGAGAUAUCCACAGACCUGAAAACUUUGUUUACUCCCCUCUUAUUGACACCGAGAGAACGUUGGCUACGUUAUUAGGUUUACAUGCUGCUGAACAAGCUAGAAGUACUGUUUUAUCUGCUGAAGAACAAGAGAGUAAACAAUGGCUACAGGCAGAGUUUUUCUGCGGAGGAUUACAGUUAUUACAGCCACAUAAUAGUUAUGAUGACGAGAAAGGAGAAAGUCGAACACCUAGUUCUUGUACAACUACACCAGGCGCCACACCAACAUCAGAACAAUGUCAAUUACCUCAAACAGUGGAUAAAGAGAAACUCUAUGAAGGUAACUUACAGACAGAUGUAGCCAGACCAUUCUUACAAGCUUUAGCAGAAGGGAAAAUAAACGAUCCUCUAGUGAAAGCGUUUCUAGCUAUGGUUGAUAAAUAUUGUAAAGAAAAUAGACUUGAUCUACCAAUAGUUGAACAUCCAGUAGAAGAUGUCGGAAGGUUAUUAAUGGCAGUAUUAUUAAAACAUCAUGAUUUAGGUCAUGUGGUAUUAGGUUUAUUAGAACAUGGCCAGGGAGAACAUGGUAGUAAAAACAUCCUACCUAAAUCUAUUACAGAAUUAUGUAAACAAAUAUACAACACUAAAAAAGCUCUUAUAAAGGCUCAUCAAGAUCAGAAUAGAUCAUAUAAAGAAGUUUGUGCACCUGUCAUUGAACGAUGUCAUUUCCUGUUUAAUGAACUACGUCCUGCAGUAGGUGAUGAAGUUUCCGCAUUCAAACGGUCUAAAUUCUUAAAAACCAUGCCUAGAUGGAGAGAAGUUAUUCUUAAGCUUCUAGAUUUACAAAAAAAGACGAAAGAAAGAGUAGAGGUUGCUGUGGACAAGACAGUGGAACAAGUUGAUAUAACAGAAGAAGAAGGGGCUGCUGGCGGAGUGGAAGGGGCUAAAGAUAUUCCUGUAGUUAAAGAUAGCAUGAAGGGUGAAACAUUAGAAUCUAAGAUAGAACUACUGGAAGAAGCUCCAAACGGUGAGGUGCAGGAUGAUGAAGACGAUGAGAGCGAAACUAAAACUGGAGAAACACAAAAAGAAAUUGUUCUUCCCGAGGAAAGUAGUGACAAAAGGGAUGAUGCCCGAGCCCAACAAACGGCAGACCCAGAUAGAAUUGAUGAUCCUUGGGAACAUGUAGUUAAUGCUGUUACUUGUACCAGAAAAUUACGAUGGCUUAGACAGAGAUUAACUGGAACCAAAGCUGAGAUACCAUUGGUUCAUAAAAUCGUGGAGUUUGUUUUGUAUGAACAUCCGAUAGAUAUCGAUAAACUGAGACGAUCGUUACAUUUUCAGGUUGCUAGAGCUGAACUUCGAUUAAAGGGUAUACAGAAUAUGUUAUCAUUGGUUCAUAAAGAAUAUCUGAUAUCAUCUGUUAAAUAUUCUAUGAUGUGUGGUUGGAAUGGUUUACUUACUGUUGGUAGAAAAUAUCAUGCUCCACUACCUCACUGUUUAUCUGAUGUUAAAUUGAUUCCACCAUGUGAUAGAAUAUUACUAGAGAUGACGUUUGCUGAGUUGUAUAGAUGGUGUAUACGCGAAUUACGACACUGUGUAAUAAAAGCUGAUCAACAUUUUAAAGGCCAAGGAACAAACCCAGGACAACCAAUAGCCGAUAAUUCUAAGGAGACAUUAAGCCUUGGUUCUCUGCCAUCUGCUCGGUUUAUUCUAGCUAUAUUAAGUAUGUUAUCAACGGAACAUCAAGCUACUAGUCUUAGUCUUCUGUUGAAUUCAGGAACUUUAGCUCUAACACAAAGUAUUCUUAGGCUAGCAGGUCCAGAUCCAGAUGUAUUGGUACCAGAUAAUAAUACAGUUGUAUGUACUAUUCCUGAAGAACAACGAAGUCGCAAACAAAAUCAACCAGUACCUUUAACUGGUGUUGAGUUAGCUGGUAUGAUGAAGAUAGGUGUUAGAGUUAUGAGAGGUGUUGAUUGGAAAUGGGGCGAUCAGGAUGGUCCACCACCAGGAUUAGGUCGUGUUAUUGGUGAGUUAGGUGAAGAUGGAUGGAUAAGAGUACAAUGGGAUACAGGUAGCACUAAUAGUUAUAGAAUGGGUAAAGAAAGAAAAUAUGAUCUCAAGUUAGCUGAACCACCAGAAUUACCUGAUAAUGAUGAAGAUGAAGAGGAUGAAUCCGAAUCAGAUAAAUGUAAACCAGAAAGUAAACAUCCGACAUCUUUAGUUCGUCGUUCUACUAUAAAUCUAUUACGUAUAUUAUCUGUAUGUGCUGGAGUAUAUGCUGAUAAAGCACAGAAAGAAGCUAUUGGUGCAUUAAGUGGUUUAAUGAGAACUAUAGUUGAUCAUGGCUGUAAUCAUGGUUUAAAUGUAAAUUCUACAACGAUACAGAUAGCCAGUGAACAACACUAUAGUUGGUGUACUUUAGGUUUUGUCCGUAGUAUAGCUACUAGUCCACUAAUAUGUAAAGCUCUCAGUUCACAUAGGUGGAUAGCUUUAUUAAUGAAUAUACUAGAAGAUGAACAUACAACUAAAAAAACUAAAAAUGUUUACAAACAGAUUUUAAUAUUAAAGUUUUUACGAACUAUACUACCAGCCUGGGAUCGUGGUAUGGAUAUGGAUAGGGUGACAUCAGUUGUUGGCCGUCUGUUUAAAUUACUGGGUGUUGUUUUAACUUCCUGUUCUGCAGAUCCUACACUUGUUACAGAAGUGGAAUCACCUCAUCGCACGAGAAAAUCGUUACAUAUACCUGUAUCUGUAACAGCAUCAUAUACCAGUACUAUCUGUGAAGAAAUAGUUGUAUUGUUACGUAAAUUACACACUCUAGAACUAUGGAAUCCACAUAUAAAUAGUUUUAUAGUAGAACAGUUUACACAUAUAACUUCACUGAUGACAGACAAAACCAAAUCUCCUCAGUUGGUAGAAAUAGAAGUUAUGGAAGAGAAUAAUUUCCUGAACGUGUUAGCUGUAUUAGCUAUGAUAGGAGGUGUCGAUAACAGACCAAGACUUGGUGGUUUAGUUAAUCAUGAAACAUACAGUAAUGGUACUAUAGCUAAAAUAACACCAAAAGGAAAAAUACAUGUCCAGUUCCACACAGAAGGGCUACAGAUCUGUAGAUUGUCAGAGAUUACUGUGGUUCCACUUAUAGAUUUCCAUGUCGAGAAGUUGGAGUUGGGAGAACAUUUAUUAUAUAGUUGGGCUAAAUUAAUCAGCCUAGCUUGUACAUGUCAUAUAUACGAGAAAGAUCCAGACAUUCCACGAGCACCUCUAGCUACAAGUACUGGUAGUAUAGAAGCUGUCUCCAUUGGUGGAAACUAUAACCGAGAUGUUAAUAAACUACAGUUAAAAUUAGGAUUACUGAAAGCUGGUCGUGUAUUGUUCCAUAGACAGAGUAUUCUACGGAAAAUCUUACUUCAACAAACCACCAUUGAACCAGCACCUGAACAAGCAGCUCCUCCUAAUGAUGAAGAAGGUCAACAAGAAGGACCGUCUGUAUCGAAUCUAUUACAACAAAUAUUAAUGGCUGCCACACAACCUUCACCUUUGAAAGCCAUGUUUACAAGAGAGGAAAUGGAGGCUGCAGCUUUAGCAGUUUCUCAAUAUUUAACAGCCGAGAUGGGAUUGAUAUCUGAAUCAGAAUUCGAUACAAGUUCUGAUGAAGAACAACUACGAGAUCUUAGUUCGAGUUUAGUUUCUCCACCUCUCCUUCCUUCUAUAAACACAUUACCACCAUCCCAAUUAUCAUCUAGUAAAAUAACUAAACACAAACGUAAAUCAGCCAAGGCAGCACUUCCCGCUCCUACACCUAUUGUUACACAGAUGGUAGAAAUGGGUUUUGCACGGAAACAUGUUGAGUCAGCUAUCAAAGCCCUUCAUACAGGAGGUUCGUUAUUUCCUGAAGGUGAAACUCCAACAGCUGAAUCAUUAGUUAGUUGGUUAUUAGAACAUCAAGAUACACAUCCACAAGAUGAUACAGAUACAGAAAGUUUAUCAUCCGUUGAUGGUUAUACUGAUACAGAUUCUAUGUCUGAAGAUUUUGAAGAAUAUGAUUCUUUUGACUAUAUUGUGAGUGAGCGAGGUGCUGCUGGGGGUAAUACAAGUCCAUUUAAAAAACGUCAAGAUUUUAUGAGUAAUGAUGAAUAUGCUGUAUAUGUACGUGAUAAUAUAGAAGUUAAUAUGAUGAUAAGAUGUUGUAAAACAUAUGAAGAGGUACAUGAAGGUGAUAUCGGUAAAGUUGUUAAGUUGGAUAGAGAUGGACUACAUGAUUUGAAUGUCCAGGCUGAUUGGCAGCGUAAGAGUGGAACAUAUUGGGUUCGCUAUUUACAUGUUGAAUUAUUGGGUUUAAACAAUCCUGCAGAAGGUCUACAUGUUAUAAAACAUGGUGAUAAAGUUCGUGUUAAGCCAUCAGUAACCACACCAACAUAUAAAUGGGGAUCUGUCGCACACGGUAGUGUAGGAACCGUUACAGCUAUUAAUCCUAAUGGACGUGAUAUAACAGUUGACUUCCCUCAACAAGCCCAUUGGACAGGUGUAAUAGAUGAAAUGGAACCAGUACCCUCUACACAUCAUAGAGUCACGUGUAAUGGAUGUGAGAACAGCCCUCUAACAGGUGCCCGUUUUAAAUGUAAAGUUUGUGAAGAAUAUGAUUUAUGUGAGAUUUGUUUUAAAGGAAAUAAAACUCAUCGACAUCCAUUUAUACGAAUCAAUGAACCAGGUGGUGAUCCUACCUUUGUUGGUAAACCUGGUAAAGUAAAUAAACAAUCAUCCAGUUUAUUACAAGGUUAUCUUGUGGACAACUGGCAUAUGUGUGUUAAAAAUAUCACGGUAUCUUCACGAGAAAACCAAGCUGAAAAUCUUAUCAUAUCCAAUGUUGGAUAUUGGCAGAGUCUUGGCUCUCAAGGAAAGCAUUGGAUCCGAUUAGAGAUGCAGCCUGAUAUAGUUAUAAAUCGUUUAUAUAUGAAAGUUGAUCCCGAUGAUUCAAGUUACAUGCCAUCUGUGGUGGUGAUCAGUGGUGGUGAAUCUAUACAUGGUUUAAAAGAAUUACGUAGUGUUCAUAUAUCAUCUACAGAAUCACUUGUUACAUUAUUACAAGAUAUGACAGAUUAUCAUCAUAUUAUAGAGAUAGCUAUUAAACAAUGUCGUAGUAGUGGGAUUGACUGUAAGAUACAUGGACUCUGGGUUGUUGGACGGUUAAAAUCAGAUGAUGAAGAAGCUGCUGCAAACUUCUCCUUCUUAGCAUCGGAUAAAGAAGAGGAAAAUGAACAAAGUAUCAUACAAAAUGGACGUAAAAAGACGAAGAUGGUUUUAUCAGGAUCUAAAGAUAUACAGACACAUGUGUUUGUGUGGGGGUUAAAUGAUAAAGAUCAACUUGGUGGACCUAAAGGAUCUAAGAUCAAAUUACCAGGUUUAAAUGAAACUCUGUCAUCUUUAAAAUGUAUACAGAUUGCUGGUGGUUCUAAAAGUCUCUUCUGUGUAACGCAAGAUGGUAAAGUAUAUGCGUGUGGUGAAGCAACCAAUGGUAGAUUAGGUCUAGGUGUAAAUAAUGGUAAUAUAUCCGUACCACGACCUUUAAACUCUCUCAGUCAAUAUGUUGUCAAAAAAGUUGCUGUUCAUUCAGGAGGAAGACAUGCCAUGGCUUUAACAGUUGAUGGUAAAGUUUUCUCAUGGGGUGAAGGUGAUGAUGGUAAACUAGGUCACUCAAGUAGAAUGACAUGUGAUACUCCAAGACUUAUUGAAGCUUUAAAAUCAAAGCGAGUGAGAGAUAUAUCAUGUGGCAGUUCACAUAGUGCUGCUAUUAUAUCUAAUGGAGAUUUAUAUACCUGGGGAUUAGGGGAUUAUGGUAGAUUAGGACACGGUGAUAAUACUACACAACUUAAACCUAAACAGAUAAAAGCCUUAGCUGGACAGAGAGUGAUACAAGUAGCAUGUGGUAGUCGUGAUGCCCAGACUCUAGCUUUAACUGAUGACGGCAAUGUAUAUUCGUGGGGUGAUGGAGAUUUUGGUAAAUUAGGUCGUGGUGGUAGUGAUGGUUGUAAUGUACCACAUGUUAUUGAUAGAUUAACAGGAAUGGGAGUAUGUCAGAUAGAGUGUGGAGCUCAGUUCUCUCUAGCAUUAACUAAAUCAGGACAAGUAUGGACAUGGGGUAAAGGAGAUUACUUCCGUCUAGGUCAUGGAACAGACGCCCAUGUUCGUAAACCACAGUUAGUAGAAGGGUUAAAGGGAAAGAAGAUAAUACAUGUAUCUGUUGGUGCUUUACAUUGUUUAGCUGUUACAGAUACCGGACAGGUUUAUGCUUGGGGUGAUAAUGAUCAUGGUCAACAAGGUAAUGCUACAACAGCUGUCAAUAGAAAGGCUGCCUUAGUUCAUGGAUUGGAGGGAUAUAAAAUAACUAGGGUUGCUUGUGGAUCAUCUCAUAGUGUAGCCUGGGCAACUACAGAUCUUUCUACACCAACAUCUCAUGAACCAGUUCUAUUUUCUACAUCUAAAGAUCCUCUCGGCUCAACCUUGAUAGGUUUAAAUGAUGGAACCACUGAUGAAUCCUCUCCAUCACCAUCCCAGAAUAGUCAAAAUAAAAAUGGUCGACCAUCAUUGUCUAAGAUUAUCCUAUCACUGGAAUCGGAUCAGGAGAAACAGAAAGCUUUAUCACAUGUACUAACAGCAUUACAGAUAGUGUUUGCAAGAGAUGCUAUUGUAGGCGCUUUAAAACACGAUAUUCAGACUGUAGUUGAUAGUAAAUUAAGUCAGUCUAUGAUAACAAGUGGUACAGGUCAUUCUAUGACCCCUGAUUCUAGUACUCUAGCUCUAGCUAUAUCAGAUGUUGUUGAUCAUAGUGAUAUAGCUGUAUCUCUUGUAGAUUCACUCGAUAUAGUACAGCCAUUAGAACUACCAACAUUUCCCAGCAUGCACAGUCUGGCUGCCAAAUGUUCCCCAGCCACUAGUAUAAUUGUAGAGACGUUUACAUCACCGGACGAAAUAACACGACCUGCUGAAAGUCAACAUGUUGCAAGUUAUCCCUCUUGUCUGGAUGAGUUUACCAGUAAAAUGACUGCCGAUGAUGCACGUGUAUUGGUUGAUCUGUUGAAGUUGGCUGUCGCUGUUAGAGUAGGAGAAAAAGGGCGGGAAACUCUGUCCGAACAAUUAAACUGUCUUGGUAAAGCUAAUCACCAGGUAGCUGAGAUGUUAUUAGAAAUAUGUGUCACAGAACUUGAAGAUGUAGCCACAGACACUGAGUCUGGUAGACAGGCCGCCCAGCCAGUUGUACAGGAAAGUCUUCAUCGCUAUACAGAUGAUACAUCAUCAACAGGACAUGUUAAAAUACCAGGUGCUGAAGCAUUAAGAGUAGAAUUUGAUCGUAGAUGUUCUACCGAGAGACGCCAUGAUCCUUUAACUAUACAAGAUGGUACUGGUAUUACAGUAGCAGUCAGAUCAGGACGUGAAUGGUCUGAUUGGUCACAAGAGCUACGUAUACAAGGUCAAGAAUUACGGUGGAAGUUUACCAGUGAUGGAUCUGUGAAUGGAUGGGGUUGGCUGUUUACUGUUUAUCCCAACAUGCCGGCUGCUGCACCACUAGAUUUAUUAUCAGAUCGUACCAUUCUAUCACGUCCUUCAAUCAACCUAGUCACAUGUUUACUAGAUUUAAAACUGGAACUACCCAUGGAUAGAAACAUAGUUCCACGAUUAGCAGCCGCACUUGCUGCAUGUGCUCAACUUAGUUCAUUAGGAGCAAAUCAAAGAAUGUGGGCAUUACGUAAAUUACGAAAACUCAUUACGUGUAAUAUGGCAUCGGUAUUAAAUAUACCAUCACUGAUGGCGAGUCCACCUGAAAGUCCAGAUCCAGAUGUACCAAGAUGUCCAGUGGUGUUAAGUGGAACAGCUCUAGAGUCUUUAGUUAAAGGUUUACCAGAAGUUCUACAGAGACAGUUUGAAUAUGAAGAUCCUUUAGUUAGAACUGGUAAACAUCUCAUGCAUAGCCCAUUCUUUAAGGUUUUAGUAGCAUUAGCUUGUGACUUACAUCUAGAUACUCUUCCAUGUUGUGCUGAGGCUCAUAAAUGGGCGUGGUUCAGACGAUACUGUAUGGCAGCUCGUGUAGCUAAUGCUAUUGUACAAAGACAAAUGUUACCACCAGUAUUUUGUGAAGAAGUAAUGAAGAAGAUUCAGGAUAUCGCAGCAGAAGGAGAAGAGGAAUGUCAUGAACACGAGGAUCAUAAAAUAUUUGGACGAGAACAAGAUGAACAACUACUACAGUGGUUGAACAGGAAAGCUGAUGAUUGGACAUUAUCGUGGGGUGGGAGUGGUCAGAUUUGGGUGUGGGGCCACAAUCACAGAGGUCAAUUAGGAGGAGUUGAAGGAGCGAAAGUUAAACUGCCUGCAAGUUGUGAAUCAUUGGCAUCAUUAAGACCAGUGCAGCUAAUUGGUGGAGAACAGACAUUGUUUGCUGUUACAGCCGAUGGCAAGGUAUAUGGUACAGGAUAUGGUGCUGGUGGUAGAUUAGGUAUAGGUGGUAAUGAUUCUAUAUCAACACCAACUCUACUAGAAUCUAUACAACAUGUAUUUAUAAAGAAAAUAGCUGUUAAUUCUGGUGGUAAACAUUGUCUUGCAUUAUCAGCGGAAGGUGAAGUUUAUUCAUGGGGUGAAGGAGAAGAUGGCAAACUUGGUCAUGGAAACAGAAGUCCAUGUGAUAGACCUAGAGUUAUAGAAUCAUUACGAGGUAAAGAAGUAAUAGAUAUAGCAGCAGGAGGAGCACAUAGUGCCUGUAUAACAGCUAAUCAUGAACUCUAUACCUGGGGUAAAGGUAGAUAUGGGCGACUGGGACAUGGUGAAAGUGAAGAUCAAGCCAGACCUAAACUGGUUGAAGCUUUAAAAGGUUAUAGAGUAACAGAUGUAGCAUGUGGUAGUGGUGAUGCACAAACAAUAUGUAUAACAGAUGAUGAUUCUGUCUGGUCAUGGGGUGAUGGUGAUUACGGUAAACUAGGUCGUGGUGGUAGUGAUGGUUGUAAAGUUCCUGUUAAAAUAGAAUCAUUACAAGAUCUGGGUGUUAUAAAAGUUGGAUGUGGAUCACAGUUCUCUGUAGCUUUAACCAAAUCAGGAUCUGUCUAUACUUGGGGUAAAGGUGAUUAUCAUAGAUUAGGACAUGGUUCAGAUGAUCAUGUGAGAAGACCUAGAAGAGUUAAUGCUUUACAAGGAAAGAAAGUUAUAGAUAUAUCUUGUGGUUCUUUACAUUGUGUGGCAUGUACAGAUCAAGGUGAAGUACAUACAUGGGGUGAUAAUGAUGAAGGGCAGCUAGGCGAUGGUACAACUAAUGCAAUACAAAGACCUAGAUUAAUGGCUGCUUUAAAAAGCAAGAAGAUAAAUCGUGUUGCAUGUGGAUCAGCUCACAGUUUAGCUUGGUCUACACAUAAACCAGUUAGUGCUGGUAAAUUACCCACGGAUAUCCCCAUGGAAUAUAAUCAUCUUAAACCCAUAUCUAUUACAACUUUACGGAAUCGUCUUGUAUUAUUACAUCAUUUCUCUGAUCUCUUCUGUCCUUCCAUCUCCAUGUUUGAUCUCCAGGAUGAGGCCGUUGAUGAGGAAUCCGGAAAAUUGUCAAAUGGCCUUGAUAGUCUUCGAGGUGUUCUGGUAUCAUCUGCCAAAGAAACGGCUUUCCGUAAAGUUGUUCAAGCUACUAUGGUAAGAGAUAAACAACAUGGUCCAGUUGUAGAGUUAAAUAGAUUACAGGUGAAGAGAUCUAGAAAUAAGGGUGGUUUUGCUGGACAAGAUGGAAUCAAAUCAGUAUUUGGUCAGAUGGCACAAAAAAUGUCCGUAUUUGGUCCUGAUAGCUUGAUGUUACCACAUCGUGUAUGGAAAGUCAAGUUUGUAGGUGAAAGUGUUGAUGAUUGUGGUGGUGGAUAUAGUGAAUCUAUAGCCGAGAUGUGUGAUGAAUUACAGAAUGGUUGUUUACCGUUUCUAAUAGUAACACCUAAUGGCCGUGAUGAAUCAGGUUUCAAUAGAGACUGUUUUAUACUAAAUCCAAUGUUAAAAUCACCUGUACACCAGAAUAUGUUUAGAUUUUUAGGUAUACUGAUUGCAAUUGCUAUAAGAAGUGGCAGUCCUCUAAGUUUAAAUAUAGCUGAAUCUGUGUGGAAACAGUUGGCCAGUAUGCCAUUAAAUAUUAGUGACCUUACAGAACUUGAUAAAGAUUUUGUUCCAGGAUUGAUAUGUAUAAAAGAAAUGGAUGAUGAGGCAUUAAAACAAGCUGAUAUGCCAUUCAGUGUACCUAGUGCCUCUAGUCAAGAAAUACAACUUAGCUCUAAAUAUACCAGAAUAACACCAGAUAAUAAAGCUGAAUAUAUUAAAUUAGCUAUGAAUUAUAGAUUGCAUGAGUUUGAUGAUCAGAUUAAGUGGGUUAGAGAAGGUAUGGCAGGAGUAGUACCAGUACCACUUCUCUCAUUAUUUACAGGAUUUGAACUUGAAACCAUGGUAUGUGGAAGUCCUGAUAUUCCACUAAGUCUGUUAAAGGCAGUAUCUACUUACAAAGGCAUAGAAUCUAAUGCUCCAUUAAUUACUUGGUUCUGGGAAACUAUGGAGGAAUUCACCAAUGCUGAGAGAUCUUUAUUUUUAAGAUUUGUGUGGGGCCGAACACGACUGCCCAGAACUAUAGCAGAUUUUAGGGGUCGAGAUUUUGUACUACAGGUAUUGGAUAAAUACAACCCUCCUGAUCACUUCCUGCCAGAAAGUUAUACUUGUUUCUUCUUACUCAAAAUGCCACGAUAUUCCUGUAGAUCUAUUCUUCUAGAAAAACUGAAAUAUGCCAUUCAUUUCUGUAAAUCUAUUGACACAGACGACUAUGCCCGUGUGGCACUCACUGGAGACACGAUUGAUGAGGAAACACCAGAUGGUAAUGAAGACACGGAUGAUAUGGAAUGUGUUGACUCAGAAGGUGAACUUGUUGACUCAGACACAAGUUGAUAAGUUUGGUAAAAAAAAAAAAUGCCUUCGAAUGUGAUAACUAAUUAUAACUAAUGACUUUAAAUUGAUAAAGGACACAUAUGUUUUUAAGUGAUGUGAUGUGUACUGAUUGAUAAAGGGUUUGUUUUUAUUGUGUCUUUAUUUUAUCAUUAUUAACAAACUAUGUAUCGUCCUCCAUAUCUUAAAUUCACUUGUUAAUUUGACAUUACUUUAAAUCAUGUCUAUAUGAAUUGAAUUAUUGUUAACUCUCUAAUGUAUUUCCAAACAUAAACUUGUCCAUAAAUUUCAAAGUUAAAUUGUACAACAUUCAUAUAUGUGCUUGGCAACACACCCCGGAUUGUAAUCCCAUGUUAGGUGUCCAAUGCUAAAAAGUUUUUAUCAGAAAAUUUUAGAUUAGUAUUAUGCCAAGAAAAAGAACUGUUAUUGCUUUUCAAGAGUAAAUAUUCAUGAAAACUUUUUUAAUCAUAUUAAACUUUUUUCAUUGCCUACAUAUUAUAUUGUCUAUAUGUUGUGAGAGUGUUAUGAAUCAAAUUAUUUGUAUAUGUCAUUUAAUAUUAACAAGUUUUAGUUUGACUUAAAUCUUUGAAGUCGUUAUAAUAUUUUAUUGUAUAUCUAAAAUAUGUCAGUAUUUGGGAAGUAAAUGUCCUAAUAUUUUCUUAUCAUAUUUAAAAUUAAAUGAGUUUCCUGAAGAUUAGAUAAUUUACAUUGUGAUGUUUGCCCAAGGUAUUUUUGUAUGUGUCAAAAGAAAUUAUUUAUUUGAAUGCAUUUAAAAAUGCGCCUAUUAAGACUUAAAGCUUUCUAACAUAUAAAAUAUAUACCUAGAGAAUAAUGAAAGUGGCAGACUAUUUUAUGUAAUUUAUAUAAGAAGCUUAAAUGUUGUAUGUUUGGUGUAAAUGGUGUUACUUUUAAUGACAUUAUAGUAGAUCUAUAAUUUAUUUAUACAAGAAUAAUUUGACUGUAAAUGUGCUUUCUUUAUUUAUAUUGUUUAUUAUUAAACCCAGUUAAGUAUUUUUGUAAAGAUAAAAACAUUUUUCCAUGGAGUUAUUACCUGCAGAAGAUAGAAUUUAAAUUUAAUAGAAUUUCAUUGAGGAUACUAACUUGUAAUUUCUCAAAGUGAUAAUCAAAUGAAAUAAUUUACAAAUAAUGAUAUUUAAAAAAAUUCUUCAGCAAACCGUCUCUUUCAUCAUUGUACAAAUUUGAGCAUAAUGUAUUUAGUAACAUAUUUUAUCAUGGCUGUACAUAUCAUGGUUAUUUUUUUGUGUAUAUUUGUACAAAAUACAUCAAAUGUUAAAGCUUCUUUGUUGUGAUAAGGAUAUAAAAUAUUUGUGAUGCUGCUAAUGUCAUCCAUAAUGAAUAUAAAAUAUGAGAUACAUAUACUUGACGUCUUUUGAUUAAUGGUGCUACAAUUAAAAUAAAUGGUGCCGAAUGAU